AUGGCCAAAAGUAAAAAUCACACUAAUCACAAUCAAAAUCGUAAAGCUCACCGUAAUGGCAUUAAGAAACCCAAAACUUAUCGAUAUCCUUCUCUGAAAGGGGUCGAUCCCAAAUUUCUCCGUAACCAACGAUAUGCCAAGAAGGGCACCAUCAAGGUAUUAAAAGCUGCCAAGAUUGCCAAGGCUGCCAAAGCUGCAGCAUAA